AUGUGGACGGUGCUAUUGACAACCGCAAUAAUUGAGCUGCGCAAUGUCAACAGCGACUUCAGCAAACUGCGCGCGCUAAUAGACCAAGGCUCCCAGAAUUCCUUCAUUACAGAAUACGCUGCAAAUUUAUUGGGGCUGAAACGAGAGCGUGCCUCAGUGAUCAUAUCCGGAAUUGGAAGUGCAACCAGGAAAUGUAGAGGACAAGUAUCAAUAACCACGACGGAAAAAUGCUCAAAUGGUGAAAUAGGUACCAUCGCAUUAAUCAUUGAUACAAUCACGAAGCCUCUUCCUUCUGCGACGACUCGCAAUGAUGGUGAUAUUGGGUUGACCCUCGCAGUCCUAGCUGAUCCAGAUUAUAGAAUUAAGGGCAGAAUCGAUGUUCUCCUUGGAGCAGAUAUAUACGGGGAUAUUCUAUUGGACGGAAUUAUUCACGGAACCCCAACAACACAGAAAAAGAAGAUCGGAUGGAUUCUCUCUGAUCUGAUAGCAACCCCACAAGCAGAUAAUAUUAGCAUCAGUUUUGUCAAUACCAACGAUUUGGACAAAAGACUUGAAAAAUUCUGGAUUCAGGAAGAGGUAGUUUCCAGAGGGAUGCUUAGUAAGGAAGAAAAGGAAUGUGAAGCGCACUAUCAAGCGACCACGAAACGAUUGGAAGAUGGACGAUUCGAAGUGCAGCUCCCACUCAAAGCUGACCCAAGGAUACAUCGGGCACCAUCGAGUAAGGCUGCGAAUCUGAAGUACGAAGCGCACGAGAAGAGGAUGCUCAAAAACCCAAAAUUGCUUCGAGAGUACAAUGAAUGCUUGCAAGAUUACCUAGAUUGCGGACACAUGGAGAAAAUACCAAAGGAUGAAAUGAGUUUACCGUCAUAUUACCAUAUCAAGGAAUCCCUCAGAACGACUAAGGUACGAGUGGUCUUCAAUGUAUCAGCAAAAACUGCAUCUGGGAAAUCUUUGAAUGACUUGUUGAUGACAAGACCAACCAUACAAAGUUUGAUCAUCACACUUCUUUUGCGAUGGCGUUUGUAUCCCGUCGUGCUAAUAGCAGAUGUGGCAAAAAUGUACCGACAAAUACGAGUCCGAAGCAAGAGUGCAGAUCUCCAACGGAUCGUGUGGCGCCCAAACGAAGCAGAUGUAAUUCGUCAUUACCGGUUAAAGACAAUUACAUUCGUUACCGCAAACGCUCCGUUCCAGGCCACCAGAACACUGUACCACUUGGCCAUGAACGAGCAAGAUUGA